GUCUCUUCUUCCUCCUCUUUGAAGAAGCCGGCGCACGCGCUGCAGGUGACCGCACGAGCCUCCGGUCGACACGGCGGGUGGGAGCUGUCCGGUGCUGAAGUUACGUUUGGACUUAAACCCGGAGACACGAUCAGCACAGUUACGCGCUCGGUCUGCUUUCGGAUCGCGACUCCUCCGAUUCAAAACAAACAAACAAACAAACAAGCCAACAAAUAAACAAACAAACAAGCCAACAAAUAACACAGUGAAGACAGUCAUCCCGGUCCGCUGCCUUGUUGGUGUGGAAUCAUCCCCACGCUGGCCAGGCCGUGGGUGAUUGGCUGUGAGUGUGUGCUGUUGCGCUUGUGAGUGUGUGCGUGUGUGUGUGUGUGUCGCGGUGUUGCAGCACCAUGCCAAGAUCCUUCCUGGUGAAAAAGGUGAAACUGGAUGAUUUCUCUACCGGGGCGGAUUUGGAGAACGCCUACCGGUCCAGGACGGACCUCAGCCUGCGGCUGCACAACAAAGCUGGUUACAUCAGUGACUACAUCAACCCGGUUGUGUACGAUGGCGAGAGCGAUAGUGGAAUCAAGGUUCCAUCCCCCGACCCCCUCUAUGAUGGCAUCCACAGUGACUAUGGAGCACCGGACUCAGAGUCCCCGGACAGCCCCGGCUCAGAAAUCACUGAUGGCUACAUAAACGGCGAUGCUGCUGUGAGUGAAGGUUACACUGUCGAUGCCUUUUUCAUCACAGACGGGCGCUCGAGGAGGAAAGCGCUUGGCAGCUCCAGGAGCAUCCAGAGGCAUACCUGCAAUGAGUGUGGCAAAACCUAUGCCACGUCUUCCAACCUGAGCCGGCACAAACAGACACAUCGCUCCCUGGAUAGCAAAUUGGCAAAGAAAUGUCCAACCUGUGGGAAGGUGUACGUAUCCAUGCCCGCCAUGGCUAUGCACCUGCUCACUCACGAUCUGAAGCACAAGUGCGACAUAUGCGGGAAAGCGUUCAGUCGACCUUGGCUUUUACAGGGCCACAUGCGCUCUCACACAGGGGAGAAGCCGUUCGGGUGCGCCCACUGUGGGAAGGCUUUCGCAGAUCGCUCAAACCUGCGUGCUCACAUGCAGACCCAUUCGGCCUUCAAGCACUUCAAGUGUAAACGUUGCAACAAGACCUUCGCACUCAAGAGUUACCUGAACAAGCACUAUGAGUCUGCUUGCUUCAAAGGCCCCUUCUCUCCUCUCAGCCCCCUUGAUGCAUGACCCCCUGCAGAAAUAAAUUAAUAAUAAUAAUAAUAAUAAUAAUAAUAAUAAUAACAAUAAAACAAGAGACAAAAUGGUGGAGAAAAAUGACCACUGUCCUUACAGACUGAACUACAGACAGAAACAAUCUAUUUUUGGUCUUUACCCUCUUCAGUUCCCUCUACUUGCAUACCUUUGGAGCCUAUUGAAGAUGACGAAUAUAGCACAAUUUUAUCUCCUUGAGAUUUACCCAAUUAAGGGUUUAAUUGAUCUACGCAUGCACUUCCUCAAACACUCAUCACCUCCUCUUCCUCUGUCUGUCGCGGAUAGAGACAGUAAUGCUAAUACAGCUUCCUUCUGGCAUCUAGUUACAGUGUGACACCAUAUGUUUGGAGACAUUGAUAAUGAUGAUGGCUAAAGACAAUUGUAAGCCUUUAUCACUGAAACACAGUGAAAGAAUUUUUCUUUCAUGUUUGUUUAUUUAAGGACAAAAUAGUAAUAAUAAUAAUGACGAUACUACUACUAAUAAUAGUAAUAAUAAUAAUUAUGAUGAUAAUGUUGAUGAUAAUAAUGUUCUUCUGCACCAAGUGACCAUAUUCUCUCCACUACUGAGGUAAAAAGUAUUUAUUUACUUAUUUAUUUAUUUACUUGCAUUUUAUUUGCUUGUUUUUAAUUUGUCAUACAUUUAUACUUGAUUUGAUAACAGCAAAGUCAUAUUGUUA